GGGGGCUGAAGGGGGCGGGGCUCUCCGUCCAAACACCUCGCGCGGUGCGGGCAGCGCGUGACAAACAACCGGAACGGAACUAGAACCGGUGGCAGCUGUUUCUCCUCCGGUUCGUUUUGCCCGUGGCACCAUGUGGGCGCGAGCUGUGCUGUGCGCGGCGCUGCUGUGCGCGCUCUGUCCGGCCGGAAGGACGGAAGCCGAGCGGGAGGUUCAGGACCACCGCUACAAGUCCAACAGACUGCUGGGCGCUCUGCAUGAGGUUCUGGAAAAGCUUCAGACCAAGAGGAUCAAUCCCUGGGAGAAGAAACAUGGACAAGUUCCCUCAUGCGAUCUGGGGGAACACUGCGCCAUCAGAAAAGGAUCUCGCAUCGGAAAGAUGUGCGACUGCCCCCGAGGAGCCUUCUGCAACUUCUUCCUGCUGAAGUGCUUAUGAGCCAAUCAGAUCAACUGUUUAUUUGGAAAUGUCCAUUAAGACAAAUGUUUAAGAUGUGAAGCAGCGUGUGAAUAAAUCUGUGAAGCAUUAAAGGGUUUUACUGUUUA